GCUCAUCCUUCAGACAGGCUUUUCUUUUUAAAAGUCCUUCGCUGUCGGCGCCGUCCUCCCGCUGCUGGGAAGCUCCGGGCUGAGACUGAGAGGGCGAGCGAGCGAGGGAGGGAGAGGGAGAGGGAAGGGAGGGAGGUCUCCAGCCACCGCAGCUCGGACAGGCGGAGACACGGCGGCCGAUCAUCGGGACAUCAUGGGGAUCGAAUGAGCGCCGUUUGUGUCCACCAGGAGAGCCGCGGGCUGGAGUCGGGAAAUGUCCGGCAAGCUGGAGAAACAAGAUUCCCAACGCUCCCAUCUGAGCUCGUUCACCAUGAAGUUAAAAGACAAAUUUCAUUCACCAAAAAUAAAACGAACUCCCUCAAAAAAGGGAAAACCAGUGGAAACAACUGUUAAAACCACUACAGAAAAGCCUCCAAACAAGACUUUAAACCGGCUAGAGGAGCAAGAAAAGGAAGUGGUCAGUGCACUGCGAUAUUUUAAAACCAUUGUGGAUAAAAUGGUAAUUGAUAAAAAAGUACUGGAGAUGUUGCCAGGAUCAGCCAGCAAAGUCCUAGAAGCCAUCUUGCCAUUAGUACAAGUGGACCCACGCAUUCAACAGAGCUCUGCCAUCACAUCCUGUUUAAAUCAGGUAUACCAAAGCCUGGCCAAUCUGAUUCGCUGGUCUGAUCGGGUAAUGCUAGAAGGUGUGAAUCUAGAUGAAAAAGAAAUGAUUAAUGCAAUGAUUAAGGCAGUGCUCGAUGGAGUGAAGGACCUUGUGAAACUGACAAUAGAGAAGCAAGAACAGCCAUCCCCCACCUCUCCAGUGAAACCCACCCAGCCAACAUCUAAAACUGACAGUGUAACAGAGCUUCCCUUGACUGACCGUGAAAAGGAGAUUCUAACUAAAACUACUCCAAUGACGAGAUCACUGGAGGUACUUCCAGAUUCUGCAGAUGGGGAAUGUGCUCCACCAAAGCCACCGUUGCCUGGUAUUCGUAUCAUGGAACAUGGCAGUCCUGUUCCUGCAAUCUUACCACCUCUACCACCCAAGAAGAGGCAGUCUGCUCCCUCCCCAACCAGAGUGGCAGUGGUGCCUCCCAUGAGCCGAGCUGCCAGUGGUUCCAGUAUACCUAAUGCCAAGCAGGAGUUUGACGGCUUGGAUUGUUAUUUGCAAAGGCGGCUGUCUGGUGGCAGCCACUCCUAUAGUGGUGAAUCACCAAGGGUAUCUCCCUGUAACAGCAUAGGAAAGCUGAGCAAAUCGGAUGAACAGCUGUCUUCACUGGACAAUGAUAGUGGACAGUGUUCACAGAACACAAGCUGUGAAACACUUGAUAAUCCAGAAAAUUAUGAUCCUGAUUAUGACUUCUUGCAUCAGGAUCUUUCGAACUCUGAUCAGAAUUCGCAGCACAUUUCAGGCAUGCUAAGCCCACUACCAGAGUCAGCAGUAGAGUCCAGUUCACCUCUUCCUGGGCAGACAUUUACUUCACAGUUUUGUACUUCACAAGCAGUGCCUGACUGGCGGCUGGAGCCACAAACUGGUGUUUCACCUAUGCAAAUACCACCAGCAUUACCGGAGAAGAAACGUAGGAGUGCUGCUUCAUCAGACAGUUCAGGAUCCAGGGUUUCGUAUGAGAGGUUUCCUUCACAAUAUGACAAUAUUUCUGAGGAGGAAAUGCAGAAUUCUGCAUUGUCAACAGUUCAAUAUCCUCCAUUUGCUGUAGUUUCGCCAAGGCAACAAGGAAUUCCAUCGAUGUCAGUUGGAUUCCAGGAUAUUGCUAUUUCAGAAAUGGCAGGAGUACCUGAGAAACCACCACCACUCCCAGAAAAAAAGGCCAGGCACAUCAUUGCAUAUAUGCAAUUUGUGGAAGAUUAUUCUGAGCCACAGCCUCACGUCUUUUAUCAGACACCACAGAAUGAACAUAUAUAUGAGCAGCGAAACAAACGGUUUCAGGAAGUCUAUGGAUUCAAUGACUCCUUCAGCAGUACUGAUUCAUCAAUAGAGAUUUUGCCGCCUCCAGCUCUGCCACCCAAACAAAGACAACUGGCAUCCUAUGCUGCUGCACCAUCUUCUUCCUAUUCUUCAUCCUCCUUCUCAUUCUCCUCCUCGUUCUCUUUCUCCUCCUCCUCUUUCUAUCUUCAGCAGUCGAAGGUCCUUGUCCUGCCUGAGGACGCCAAUACUGCUACCAGUAUCAGCAUGUCCGUCUCCAAUUCCUUCCUGAGUCGUCACAACUCUUUAUCUUCAUCUUCGUUCAAAUCGGUUUUUAGAUCCUAUUCGCAGGACUUUGUUCCUCACCAUCAUACCUCUGCAUCUCCUUCUCUUUGCACUAUCUCCUCCCACUUUCCAGUUGUGCACCAAUCGAGGAGCUCCGAUCUAACCUUGCCAGGCUCAGCUAGCCUAGUGAAAGCUACGGAACUGCUGGACUGCUCUCAUGACAAUGCAAAGCCUGUUCCUGUCUGCCUCCCUCCUGAAUCUGCUUUUCCCACCUCUCUCCAAACUACUUCGAGCGAGAGCAAUAGUGAGGAUGCUGGUGAGGGUGAAUACGUUAAUCUGUAUUCGUCCAACCAAACCAAUGGAGACCUCUCUCACCCUGAAGCAGAAAUACCGAUGUGUGCUGAUACUGAGCCUAUAGAAUCUCCUAAUGAAGAAGAGGUCCAUCACAGUGAUUCCCUGAAAUCAACUAAUGUAAAGGAAAACCAAGACAGAAAUGACAGGCGAGCAGACACACAGAAUACACCUGACUUGGAUCAAAAUGAUGAAACGGAUGAAUUGUCCCUCAUAAAUCAUGAUGAAAUUGUGGCUCGACUUACUCUCAAACAAGAGGGAGAAGAUGGUCCAGAGGUACGAGGAGGCUCAGUUGAUAUUCUCAUAGUGCAUGCAACUGAGACAGAUCGUAAAGACUUAGUGCUUUACUGUGAGGCAUUCCUGACCACCUAUCGAACAUUCAUUCCACCUGAGGACAUCAUCAAGAAACUACACCAUCGUUAUGAGAAGUUUUGCCACUGUCCAGACACUUUCAAAAAACGGGUGAGCAAGAAUACAUUCUUCGUUCUGGUACGAGUGGUGGAUGAACUCUGUCUGGUAGAGCUAUCGGAUGACAUCCUGAAGUUGCUAAUGGAACUUGUGUUCCGUUUAGUGUGUAGUGGUGAGCUGAGUCUGGCCCGGGUUCUAAGAAAAAAUAUUCUGGAUAAAGUAGAUCAGAAGAAGACUGUGAAAUAUGCUGGUUUGAUGAAGCCGUUGGCUGCACGUGGGGUAGCAGCAAGGCCUGGAACCCUUCAUGACUUCCACAGUCAUGAGAUUGCUGAACAGUUGACAUUGCUAGAUGCUGAGCUGUUCUACAAAAUAGAGAUCCCUGAGGUUUUACUCUGGGCCAAAGAACAGAAUGAAGAGAAGAGUCCGAACCUAACACAGUUUACAGAGCACUUCAACAAUAUGUCCUAUUGGGUGAGGUCAAUAAUUAUUCAACAGGAAAAGGCACAAGAUCGAGAACGGUUACUCCUCAAGUUUAUCAAAAUUAUGAAGCACUUACGCAAAUUGAAUAAUUUUAAUUCAUACCUGGCCAUAUUGUCUGCAUUAGACUCAGCACCUAUUCGAAGGUUGGAAUGGCAGAAGCAGACUUCAGAGGGUCUGGCUGAAUACUGCACACUCAUUGAUAGCUCCUCUUCAUUUCGAGCGUAUCGAGCUGCUUUGGCAGAGGUGGAACCACCCUGUAUACCUUAUCUGGGUCUUAUAUUGCAAGACCUGACCUUUGUUCAUCUUGGCAACCCAGAUCUAAUUGAUGGAAAGAUCAACUUUUCUAAACGAUGGCAGCAGUUUAAUAUCUUAGAUAGUAUGCGACGGUUCCAACAAAUUCAUUAUGAACUAAAACGCAUCGAUGAUAUUGUUACGUUCUUCAAUGAUUUUGGAGACCAUCUUGCGGAAGAAGCGCUGUGGGAACUCUCAUUAAAAAUCAAACCACGAAAUAUUCAACGACGGAAAACUGAGCGGGAAGAGAAAACCUAGGAUUCACCCAUGGAGGCUAGAUCUUAGAUGGCAGCUAAUGAACCCCAUUAAGUGACUUGCUUUACUUAACAGAGCUACAGAAGACGGUUCAUGCCACGGUGCUACACCUUCAGAGCUUUGUUUUAGAGCAUAAAACAGGUGGCACUGCUCUAGGGAAACGUUCCAAGUUUAAUGCCAUUGCCUGCAUUCAAUUUCCUUUCUUACCAUUGUGCCAAGCUGUUUUAAAUGUCCUUCGUUGGACCCACUCAUGCAGCUCAAUUCAUCCAGCAAACCCAGAGUGACCUGCAGAUAAACUCUGCUUUGGAGACCGAGAUUGUUGGGUAUAAAGGUACGGCAGUUCAUGGUAGUGGACUUUUGUCUGUAGAAUAACAAAUAGUGGUACUAGCAAUUGCACAGAAAACCUUAAAAUAUAAUUCUGUACUGUAGGAGAAAGACUGGCUCACUGUAAAUAGUAGAUUACUAGUUUGAUGUGUUGUAUUGGAUUUUUUUUGCAUGUGUAUGACUGAAUGCCAGUAAUUGAAGAUUUGAUUGGGGGGUGGGGGGGGUGGUGUGCAAGCUAAUGCUAUAGCAGACUCUGUUUGGCCAGGAUGGUAUUCAAAGGGCAGGGGGUGGCUCCUAAUUGUUCCAUGCCUUCAGAUAAAAGAUCUUCAACAAGAUGCACCAGAUGCUAUUUUACAUUUUUGCAUGGACUCUGCUUUUUUAGAGUCUAAAAAAUAAUAAGCAUUUUUUUAAGGACUAUCUCAGUUCAUUGCUGGAAUCUGAGCUGCAUUUGAAACAUUUAAAAUAAUAAGCAAAAGUUGGUGUUUGUCUGGAGUUUCUGUAUAUAGCAAGUCUACAAAUUAACUCUUUUUAACCCAUCAAAUAGUCGAUAAAUUCACUUUCAUUUGUCAGGUCUUACUAACUUGUGAAACAUGAAUGCUACUGUGCAGAAUGCCACCCUUACUUGCUUUGGGUUGUUAGGCACCAAGUUAUUAAUGUUGUCUAGGUUUGCACAUGUGCAAAGGAAACAUACCGUGCUUGUUUAGUUGGCAAUAAUCAUUGGCUAAGCCUGAAGUGAUGUUACCUUCCAGCAUUUAAGGUGUUGAAAAAGUGGUCCUCAAUGUGCAGCAUUUACGAGUCUAGGUAAAAAAAACCCCAAAGUACAGAAAUUUACUGGUUGUUUUUAGUGUUACCCUGCUGAUUCUAUUAUUGGAUAGGUUUAACCAGUUGGCAUUUAGCUCAACUAUCACCAGCACACUUGAAAUGUGCUAAAUGAUUGUUGAUACAGAUAUGGGGACGUUCUUUCCGAACCAUAUUGAUAUCAAGAUCAUUCAGCACAAUUUUCUGUGCAGUCCCUGUUCUUUAGCAGAUGACUGGGUUGUAAGAUGUCCAAGCCAUACUUGAUAAAUGAGUGUAGUAUGAACAAAAACCUAUUUAAAAUGUCUAGUAACAAAUUAAUUGCAGAAUAUCUUAGUUAUCAUCACAAUUAUCUCUCUCCUUUUGUGCUGUUUGGAAAAUUUUAAAAUUAUCAUGGAGUGCAGCUGAUUUUGGAAUUUCAGUAAGAAGAUUAGCUUACAUGUGAGUAUUUCAAGUGCUGACCCAAAUGAUUUCCUUGUAAUACAUGAUGCUUAAACAUUGUCUAAAAUGACAGAUAAAAUGAACUUGAUUUAGAAUAUGAAUUCAGGAUUUGAUUUCUUUAACAAAUAGUAGAUGCUAAUUAGUUUGACUUUUUUAAAUGAAUCAUGGAAAAUCCAGAAGAGGCUAGUCCAAAGAUAAGUGCUGCCUCUUCCCCACUGAUAAGUUCUACAAUAUAUGAAAUGAACCAGAUAAGAGGUUCAUUUUCCUCGUUUUGCAACUGUCUAUGGGAAAGGUUUGUCUAGGUCUAAGAUGCUGAUGUGUGAAUAGUCAAAUAUGUCCCACGUUAACCAAACUAGCCAUAUUUUUGACUGAAUUUCAGUUGGUACUGGUAGCUUUACAGUAUUAAGAUAUGUUAAUGGCAUUCAAGAUAAGACAUUAGCAUGGGUCUUCAUUCUCAUCCCAGAGAUGUCUUCAUAGUAACAAGUUUAAUAAGGAGUUUGUUACCAUAAGGAAUCUCUGGGCUGGUGAAUGCUGUGCAUCUGGGGGGGUGGGGUUGGGUUGAUGGGAGAGAGGAGGAGACAGUAGCUUCCAUCACAUCUAACGGGAGGUGUUGAGAGACAUUAAGGUCUGGCUGGCUGGCUUUCAACACGAGCAGCUGCUGGCAGUUCCCAGCAAUUGGUGGCACUCGCUCUUCUGGCCUGGAUGCAGCCCAAAGUCCUGAACUCUACAUCUCAGCACUGAGUGGUCCCACUGCUUGCCCCAACCCUCAGACAGCCUAUUCACCCUGAGCCAGUACAGGUCAGGGGUUAGUGUCAGGUUCCUACCACAACAGCAAGGAAGGCAGGACUUCACCAAGUUCCUGGCACAGCAUGCAGCCUAAGCAAAUCAUUUUUUUAAGGGAGCAGCCUGGAGGGCCAAGAGUGCUACAAUGAAUGGAGACUCUGCAGGAUAGCACUAACUGGGAUACCAGUGUAUGGACAUUGUAAAUAACUUUUUUAGAACAUGAAUUCAAACAGAAACCAGAUUCUUGUUUUUGUUUUGAUAUAGACACUGAGAUUUGAAGUAGCCUUGUAUUACCUGGCCUGCAGGUUAAAUAAAGUGAAGAAUCAGUUUCUGUGUUGAGCUGGGUUUUGGAUCCAUAGAUCAGCCUUAAGCCUUUUUAUUUAACAAAAUCUGUAAAUCACUGAUCCUAGACUAGGAAAAAUUGGAAGGUUGUGAUUCAUUGAGUUUUCUAUUUUUAAUUAAUUUUGCACAGUUUUUUAACAUUGUGUAUAGUUUUUAAAUCUUCUGCAGCCACAAUGUAUCAGCUGUAGCUGACGGACUUGUGAUCAUUUCCUAUUUACUUGGGCAUCAUAAAUGAAACAGGUAAUGUCAAUCAAGUCUUUUACCAUAUUUUUAAUCGCGCUAAUAUUGCUAUCAAAAAUAGUGUCCCUUGUGGCCCCACUCCUUACACUUCUUCAGCUCUCCACAUGAUCUCCCAAUAUUAUGACUUCCCCCUCCUGCUUUUAGUCAUCGGUCAUUUUACAUUGACGUUUAUUUCUGUUUUCCCGUCACUGUGCUCUUUCCAUUAAGUGCAAGAUUUCCCAUGGUGAGCUAAGCACUCUCCACCACUGUCAUGCUUACUAUUUUCCAUAAUUAUUUAAAAAUUGUCCUAAUUAUGCCUGGUUCAUUGAAAUAUCAUUGAGCUGCAGUUGAUGGAAACUAUAAUGAUAUUGGUUUAGCCCACACCUCUCAAAUUGUGUACAAUUCUGUUAUUCUUACCCAAGGAAGGAUAUUCUGUCAAUAGAGGGAGGGGAAUGCAGGUUCACUAGCUUAAUUUCUAUGAUCGGUGGGAUCAGAGGUGAAGAUGUCCUUUGGUCUGAGAGGGUAGAUGCAGGGAUGAUAUUUCUGCUAGCUGGGAUGUUGAGAACUGGGGAGGGUCAGUCACAAAAUAAGCAUUCAGCUGUUCAUGAUUUGGAUGAUGAGAAAUUUAAGAAAUUUUAAUCUUUGGUAAUGGAGGAUCAGUCACCGGUGUUUAAGACAAAGUAGUAGAGUUGGAUAUCGAGAAAGUGGAGGGGAAAUGGAGUUAGUGCAAGAACAAUUAGUCAUGAUUUUGAUGAAUAGUAGAGCAGACAUGAGGGCUGGAUGGCUUAAUCCUGCUAAUUCUUAAGUUUAUAUUUGUAUUUCAUAAUUCCAUCAUUUCAGGCCAUUUGCUAAUGACAUUCACCAGCAAAUAUGUUUGCUUUUAUUAGCCAAGUUCCAACAUUUACUAUUGCACAUGGAGACGUGCAUAUGUUUAAUCCAGGUUCCUUCAUGAUGCUUCACCGAUCUAUCGGUGAAAACCAGUAGUCAUUUCAGUGGUAUGUGUUACUGGUAUUUCAAGACAUUGUGAAAUUAUUUCUACUCUUGUGCACCCUUUCAAUUAACAGAAUGCAAUGCUGCCUUUUUUUUAUAUAUGUAUUCAUUUGUGGUGGGGGAUGCAUCUAGGCAGCAACAGUGAGGCCAGCACUUCCCAUUCCUAAUUGCCUUUGAGAAGUUGCUAGAGAAUAUGCCAUCAUCCAUUGCAGAUUGUGGAAAGGCUUUAGGAUGUCACUUGCUGUGUCAGGUGCCCACUCUCUGACCUAGUCAUGGUAUUUAGUUAAAAUUCUGGUCUAAUGCCAUUGACUGUCAUGGUUGUUAGACUCUCGUUGGAGAUGGUCAUUACUCGGCACUCUUGUGGCACAGACUGGCCUUCCUUGCUGCAUGCAGGCAUGGACUGCUUCAAAGUUACAGCAAAUGGAAUUGAAUAUUGUGCAAUUGGUAGUAUACAUCCCUGCUUCUAACUUUGUGAUGUGCUGUCUAAGAAAAAAAAUAAUGCUGAAUUGCAUCAUCCUUAUUAUUAUGGUGCCCUGCGAUGUUUUGUUUGGUAAAAUGGCACAUCAGUUCAAACCUGAUGUGGUUUUGAAAUGUCUAGUUUCAAAGUUUUAUGCAUCUAACCUCCACAUGGUUGGAUGAAGUACAAGCUGUUUUAAGUGUUGCAGUUUGGAAAGGAUAAACUGCUAAUUUAAUCAGAGAUAGUGUACAAUAUAGUUCAUUUUGUUGCCUUGAAUCAUGAAGAUCAUGUGUUGAAUCAUAGCUUUGUUUUUUUCACUAUCUGAAUUGUACUCCAUUUGCUUUAGAAUUUCGUUAAAAUUUUCUCCUGCCCAGCCAGGUCAAAGUAUUUCCUAUGGAAAAUUACCUACAAAUUCUAUUGCAGUUUUCUAAAGUAAAGGAACUGAAAACUU